AUGAAGAGGAUCUCUAUUCAGCUUUCAGUGCUGCUGUCAACUGUCCACUGGGCUUUGGUCUUGGGGAGCAGUGGCUGCACUGGGCCAAAAUGUGACUUUAUUUGUGACUGUACAGACUGCAGUGAUGAGCAGAACUGCGGUUACAGCGGUAGAGACUUUGUCUGUGAUUUCGAGGAUGCAGGAAUGUGUGGCUGGAUGGACAAUUCGGCUGAAGGUGAAUAUAAGUGGGAGCGGCGUCAGAGAGCAGACCCUUUGCCUAACAGCGGACCGUCCUCCGACUACACCACUGGCACAUCGACAGGUUGGUUCAUGGCUGUUACUGUAGUGAACACAGAGGCUCCCAGCACUGCAGUCUUGACAUCUCCCAUGAUAAGCCAGUCCUCCCCUACAUGUCGACUCCAGCUACACUUCUUCAUAUGGGACUCAGGUCAUACAGGACUGGGUACCAGUCCUCUAUGGGCAUCAAUCUUGACUUCUGAUGGGCAGAAAGCGGUGGUUUGGAGGCCAGAGGUCUCGAGCGUUCGUGCUUGGAGGGAGGCCACUAUCUUCCUGGGCCGCAUUCCCAAACAAUUCCAGAUUGAAAUUCACUCACUUCGCCAAGAAGGGAGGAGUGGAGAUGUAGCCAUCGAUCAGAUGGAGUUCUUGAACUGUGCCCUACCAGUGGCUUCAGACACUGGUAGUUGUGGGAUAGGCUUUUUGAAAUGUAAACGAGGAGGCUGUGUGGAAAAGCGGAUGGUAUGUGAUGGUACAGAUGACUGUGGAGAUGGAACUGAUGAAGAAAACUGUGGAAACUACUGGAGUUGUAACUUCGAGAAAGAUCUUUGUGGAUGGGACCUGAGAACACUGUCAUCACUGAGGUGGAUGAGGACCAGUCAGAUUCAUAUCUCAACAUCUGAACCUCUAAAAGGACCUGGAAGGGACCAUUCCAGCAAUUUAGCUACAGGUAAUUUCCUGUAUGUUACAAAGCCUGCUGUGUUUAAGAACGACUGGGCAUCUUUUCACAGCCCUUCACUGAGACCCACCAAUAGCACGCAUCCAUGCCAUAUGGUGUUUUACACGCACCAGUUUGGCCGUGUAUCAGGGGGUCUGUCGGUACUGGUGGCAGAGAGACAGAUUUACCCAGUGUGGGAGCGCGGUGGCUCACUGGGCGAUCUGUGGGUGAAAGCUGAGAUUGAAUUUGUCGUCAAGAGCUCAUUUCAGAUAUUGUUUGUUGGCGCCAUCAGGGACCAGGCGUAUGGAGGCAUUGCUGUUGAUGAUAUUACACUGUCCCCCGAAUGUCAAUUGUCAAAUGAUACAGUAAAAGCUGACUUUCCCAAACCCCCCAAAAAACCUUGCACAGUGGAAAACAAGAUUUGUGACUUUUACCCUGACUGUGUAAAUGGAGACGAUGAAGCAAAAUGUGGAGACUUUUCGUAUGAUCAGGGUAGCCUGGGUUGGACGGACACCAGUACAGGAAGCCAAAGCUGGAAGUUAAAUCGUGAGAGUAAUGCCACAUCUACAGACGUGUUUUUAUUUGUGAGUGAUGCGGCUGGUCAACAACUGACCGAAGCUCAAACCCGCACUCCUCUACUGGGUCCGUCUGGUCCCGCCUGCACCCUCAAGUUCUCCUACAGUCUUACAGGGAGCAACAAUCACAUUGGUGAAGUAUCUGUAGCUGUAGUGGACAGCGUGUUGGGGUCUUUGCCCCGGCUGUGGGAGUAUAGUGGGAGGACGGGUGUAAACGAGAUAGAAUCCUGGGUGAACGAGGAGGUCUAUAUUGGAGCCAGAGAUCAUCGUUUUCAGCUGGAGUUCAGAGCUCGUGCUCAGGAGCUUGAGUCGGGUGUGAGAAUAGCAGUGACGGAUGUUCGCUAUGUUGACUGCCACCCAGAGUAUAUUGUCUCCUCGUCUGAUGGACUAUCGUGUAACUUUGAAACAGGCUUAUGUGAAUGGUACCAAGAUCAAAUGGAUAACUUUGACUGGAGUGUUCAGGAUGGCAUUGAUCACACUAUUGGAAUCGGUAAAAGUCUGGUAGUGGACAUGUGGAGCACAAAACUUCGGGGUCUCUCUGGGCGACUUAUUUCGCUCCGGCAGUAUACGCGUGAUGAACACUGCCUUUCCUUCCACUACAAACUCUACGGCCCUGAUACAGGUGCACUCAAUGUUAAGCUGCUCCAUACAGACGGCUCAGAGGAGCUGCUAUGGACUCGUUCUGGAGCUCACGGAAACAUGUGGCACGAGGGACACUGCCCAGUUCCUCACCAGCUUACUACCUUCCAGUUGGUCUUUGAGGCGGUGCGCUCAGGAUUCGAUGGACAAGUAGCGAUAGAUGAUGUUGUAUUUGUGAAGGGCCCAUGCUCUCUACCCACACAGUGUUCAUUUGAGGGCCAACAGUGUGUCUAUAGCAGCAGCGGAGCUGCACUGUGGGUCUACCAGAACUGGGAUUCAGCACGAACUGGCCCAAAGACAGACCACACCCUCGAGACGGAGCUGGGUCACUACAUGUUUGCUCAUAGUGGUAAAGCAGUCCUUCCUAAGGGCAGUGUGAUGACCCUGACCUCUCCUGUACGCCAGGGUGUGACUCACACAGAGUGUGUGUACUUCUGGUAUCACAUGACAGGACAUAACCCAGGCAUUUUGAGUGUUUAUGUACGGCCUGUUAAUGGGGACAGAGUCAAGUUGUUCAGCAACAGUCUAAAUCAGGGGCAUGUCUGGCGUCUCAGCAUGGGCAACUUAAGCUGGCAUGGAGACUGGCAGUUACAAUUUGAGGUGGAGGGACAGGGUGGAGAAGACACGUACGUUGCCAUUGAUGACAUCAGCUUCUCAACUCACAGUUGUCCUACACCAGAUAAGGUUUGUGAUCUGGAGCGAGGAUUGUGUGGCUGGUCCAACACUCAGAGCCACCAUCUGGAUCGCUUAGACUGGGAGCUGAGCAAUCUGCUGUCCGAAACACACUACCCCACACCGCCAUCGGACCACACGCUGGCCAACGAAAACGGUCACUUCCUGUUCCUUCCAUACACUUCACGAGAUACCGCCAACCAUAAUGCCUGGCUGCUGAGUCCUCACCUGCCCCCCACCAAAGGCACCUGUGUGUAUUUUUGGGUUUAUCAGCCUGUUGCUCAUGACAGCAAAUUGGUGGUGUGGAAACUUUCUGAAGGGUCCAAAACUGAACUUUUGAGCCUCAAUGAGGCUGGACAAACCUGGAGACACUUAAAAUUAAACAUCACUUCAGACAAUGAGUUCCAAAUUGUGUUUGAGGGGCUUAAAGGAACAAAAGGAGUUCUUGGUCUAGAUGACUUUGGCUACACUGUUGGUGUAAAUUGUGUUGGAGAGGAGACAGACCAAAGCAUCUCAAAAUCCUCUGAUAACACCGGAGCGAUAGCUGCCUCAGCAGUAGUCGCCGUUCUCCUGAUGGUAACGCUGGCUGUAUUAGUUUUCUUUUAUCUGAGGAUACGUGAAAGGUCAAGAGCUCAAACUCACUCCUCAGCUGGAGGUUCUGAUAAUCCGGGCUUUGCAAAUGAACUGUACGACCCUAGUGUGAUGCAGGAUCGUGUGCAUUUACCUCCCAUCAUCACCUCCCAUCAUGGCAGUGAGGAUGCCGUAAACCAGCGAGAGAUUUCCUAAGACGUCACACAUACAUGCCAAACAAAUGUACUGUGUUUAAAAUAUGUGUUUUAUUUCAUCAAACCAGAUGCUCCAUCCAAACUGCAUUCUACUGUUCUAACUAGCAUUUCAUUACUAGGUAAUAAUUUGGUUAAAUACUUUAUGUACAUUUAGGUUUGACCACUGUAUCUGCUGUCAAUGCACUCAUAGACUGUUUUUGUCAGCCAAGAAGCAAAAUGAAAGCCCUGAUUUCAGAAUCAUCUGGUUCAAAAAGGGGGUUUCCAGUUUCCCGAGACCUGUUUGUUCUACCACCUCAUCACAGGCAUCAGCCUGUAGAAAUGAUACAGCCUUAUAAUAAUGUACCAGUUUACUUGGUCAACAUCUAGUACAAUUAGAGGUUUAAUACCAGGUGAUUACAUUAUUUACAUUAUUAUUUGAAUUAUCUAAAACGUUUUAUGCAACAAAUGCAAAUAUUUUAAAUAUUUAAUGUUAAAUGAUGUCUUUUGCAGAUGUGUCUGCUUUGUAUAUGUAUAGUAAUGUUACUGUAUGU